GAGAGAGAGAGAGAGCGGGAGUGCGGGCGUGGGGCCGGGGGGGAGGGGGCGGGCGAGGCCGGCCGGAGCCGCGGGGGCCGUGAGAAAGCGGGCGAGCGUGGGGGGCGAGGGCCGCGCGGGCCUGGCUGCGGGAGCCCGGCGGCGAGGAGAAAGGAGGCGGCUCCCGGCAUCCCGCCCCCUCCCCCUCCUCAGCGGACUUCCCGCGGCCCGAGCUCGCUCCGAGGCGGCGGCGGCGGCGGCGGCGGCGGGAGGAGCCGGCGGCCAGAUAAAAGUUUACAUUCAAGGAGUAAGAAAAAGGAAGAACAGACAGAUCCAAGAUGUGUAGCUCCGUGGCUGCCAAGCUGUGGUUUUUGACAGAUCGUCGCAUCAGGGAAGACUAUCCGCAAAAAGAGAUCUUACGAGCUUUGAAGGCCAAAUGUUGUGAGGAGGAAUUGGACUUCAGGGCUGUCGUGAUGGAUGAGGUGGUGCUGACAGUCGAGCAAGGAAAUCUGGGCCUGCGGAUCAAUGGAGAGCUAAUCUCUGCCUACCCACAGGUGGUGGUAGUGAGGGUUCCAACCCCGUGGGUGCAAAGUGAUAGUGAUGUCACCGUUUUGCGCCACCUAGAGAAGAUGGGGUGCCGAUUGAUGAACCGACCUCAAGCCAUCCUGAACUGUGUUAAUAAGUUCUGGACGUUUCAAGAGCUAGCUGGCCAUGGUGUACCUCUACCAGAUACUUUUUCUUACGGUGGCCAUGAAAACUUCGCUAAAAUGAUUGAUGAAGCGGAAGUGCUGGAGUUCCCCAUGGUAGUGAAGAAUACGCGGGGUCAUAGAGGCAAAGCUGUUUUCUUGGCAAGAGAUAAACACCACUUAGCUGAUCUAAGCCAUCUUAUUCGGCAUGAAGCUCCAUAUUUGUUCCAGAAAUACAUUAAAGAGUCUCAUGGAAGGGACGUACGAGUCAUUGUUGUGGGAGGCCGUGUAGUUGGCACCAUGUUACGUUGUUCGACAGAUGGAAGGAUGCAAAGCAACUGUUCCCUAGGUGGUGUGGGGAUGAUGUGCUCAUUGAGUGAACAAGGGAAGCAGCUAGCAAUCCAGGUGUCUAACAUCCUGGGGAUGGAUGUGUGUGGCAUUGACCUGUUGAUGAAAGAUGACGGCUCCUUCUGUGUCUGCGAGGCAAAUGCAAAUGUAGGUUUCAUCGCCUUUGAUAAGGCUUGUAAUCUAGAUGUAGCUGGUAUCAUAGCAGACUAUGCUGCCUCCCUUCUGCCCGCUGGCCGGCUCACCCGGCGCAUGUCCCUGCUCUCUGUGGUGUCCACGGCCAGUGAGACUAGUGAGCCGGAGCUUGGUCCCCCUGCCAGCGCUGCUGUCGACAACAUGAGCGCAAGUUCCAGCUCUGUCGAUAGCGACCCUGAAAGCACCACCGAGCGAGAGAUGCUCACCAAGCUCCCAGGGGGCCUAUUCAACAUGAACCAGCUGCUAGCCAAUGAAAUCAAACUCCUGGUGGAGUGACUCCACCGGUAAAUAAUUAACCAAUAAAAUCCUUGUAAAACUGUCUCCCUGAACCCCGUCCCUUUCCCCUUUAACCAACUUGCAAUGCUGUUCAUGGAGAAUGCUCAGGAGGUUGAGAGAAAGGUAUAGUAAGAUUGGUUAGAAGAAGGGAAAAUAGAUGAGACCUCUGGUAGUAAUACUCAACUGACACAUUUACAGGUUCUACAGAGGACUAAUAGGUGAUACACGGAGAAAUGGCAGGCUCUCGUGUUUCUUUUCAUUUACUAAAACGCAGCUCUUAGGCCAUGAGGAACAUGGAAGAUUUUUUUUCUCCCCAUGGUCUCUUGCUUUCAUUUUUCCAUAGAACAGUUUUGAUCCAAGUACUUGAUAGCAUGACUUCACAGUUUCAUGUUUUAUAAAGAGGAAAACAUCUGCUUAAAGUACAGAAAUGUUUUAGUAAUCUGAAAAUUCUGCCGUUUCUCUCAGCUAGCAUUUAGUGCAUAGUUGUUUAUGAACUCUAAGGGGCUCUGACUGGGAUUUCUUAUUUUCAAGUUGUUCGUCUUCUGUUUUUUUUUCCCCUUAGUUUGGGUGGGGGGGUAAUGUGACUAUAAUCCAAUAAAGAUUUUUAAUAACAAAAUUGGCAUGUUUGCAUGAUGAAAGGGAAAUGAACAGUAUUGCAAUGUCUGGUAUACAAAGUAACAUUUACUCAAUGUAGAUAAAGUUACACUAGUUGAAGUUUGUGCAUUGACUUGUAUUUGUUAGUGUUUUAGUCUUUUUUGAAAGAUACAUGCUCUGUUAAUGUUGCAUUUUUAAUACAUGCUGGUAACAUC